UCAAAGAGAUGUGUGUGUCAAGCAAGCGUACUUGAAGAGGAUUUCGAAGAUCACCAAUUAAUAUGCUCCAAGCGCCGUCUCUAUUGCCCAAUGGAUAUUCGAAAGCAUGGCUUCACUCCAACCCCGCCCGAUACUCCUCUGUCUCUGCGCGAACUAGCUGCCAAAACGGUUCAGCGACAAUGGUGUGGCUUGCAAAGCAGUGUGCAUGACCGUGACGAUAUGUUGCUCAGUUGUCUGGCAGUUCUUGGGAGAAUAUCCAUUUGACAGAAGGUGUUACGCAAUACCUGUCUUCAAAUUGUUUUGCGUUCGCAAGUAAGCAAGAACUUAUGAAGCACGUCGAUACCGAGUGUCCGCAUUACGUGGUUCAUUGCGCUUAUCAUCCCCCGCCGCGCGAGGACAAUUCUGUAAUCGGCACGUCUCUAUGCUUAAGGAUCGGAAGAUGCCCCAAACCACCACUGCGGCGCCAAAUGCAAGAGCAUUGCAAGCCUCAUGUAACCGAUCCCCCAACAAUGUUUGCGUUGUCGAAUGCUGUAAAUGCUCUGUACCCAUUUGAUUGUAAAACGUGCUAUACCCUUUUCCCCGACUCAGACCUCCUCCGAACCCAUAACUGCGCGCUGCCAAACACUGUGGUCUCACCCACAGUCAUCAACCUCGCAACGUACCAGACCAACUUGAGAUAUGAUUCUUGUGCCGGGUAUCUAGUUCCAUAUAGUACCAUAUAUUCGAUUGUAUGUCCGGGUUGCGGCGAGACUGUGGAAAAUGGACCUGGAGAUUUAAAAGGCCAUCGUGAGUCGUGCACUGUGAAUCGCAGAUGGAUAGGGAUCGAGCGCUCUUAGUCAUCCAAAUUUCGCAUGCCGCGAGGACGCUGCGACGCAAACAUGGACAUGCCAACAGCGCCUUGGUCACCUUUGCGCCACACCCGUCCCUCCGUCAGAUGUCCUUGCUAUACAAUAACAAAAACGGGAAAGCAUCGUUGUUUGAUGCACACUGUCUUUUUACAAUAUAUACUUUAGGAACA